UCGUCAAUGUGCCCGCUUUAAAUAAAUUCGACUUCGUGUAUAUUUAAAAAACCUUUGGCAAUAAACGAUUAUUCUAUUAUUAACGAAAUUAAAUGUACCACAAAGCAUUAAAGUAAUUAUUCAGUUUUACGGAAUAUCUCGUUCUAUGUGACAACUUCUUGGUACAUUUAGCUCAUUGUUUAUCUUUUUACAAUGGAGUUUGUGGAAACCAUACCGGUUACUUUUAAAGAAAUCACACCAAAUUAUAAUAUACCCGAGAAAUGGAAAGAAAUCGUUCUUAAUACAGGGGGCACACAUAGUACGCUACAAGAUAUUAAACUACCCCAUAAAGCCGGCGGUUAUUGGUACAGAGACUCUAAAAAAGCAAAUACAAGAAAUCGAUUUAUAUAUUGGCAGACAACAUCAGAUUCUAUAGAAUUAUCAGAAGCUUCAUUGGAUGUUAAUUUAUCAUUAUGUAAUUUGAGAUGCAAAGUUGCAGCUGGAACGCCACCUCUAAACAAUUUAGCAUUCUAUGAAAGAGCUUCAACACAGCAAUUGGUUAUAUUAGCUGCUACAGUAUCUUCAGUACAUAGAUUAAUAUUUCCUCACCCUGAUGUCUUAGAUCGAAAAUCUACUUUUGGACCAAUCGGCAGUGUCUCACCUUCAAUUUUUCAUGACACAAAUGCUGUUAAUAAUCCAAAUAAUUACCACAUUCUUAAUCAGUAUUCAAAUACAAACACUGGAGUAGCUCAUUCCUGUGCUUCUCUACUGCGUGAUAAUGGUGAAGCUGUAUUUGCACUUGCAUUUGGUUAUGGAGGAGAUGGAGGAUUACUGUUGGUUAAAUUACCAGUCACCGGUUCCGCUGUGACGACAAUACUUAAAAGAGAAUCCACUGUACCUAGAUUUUUAUCUGGAAUUACUGGAGCAUUGAGGGGCAAAAGUGGUGAUGGAGUUGAUACUUAUGGAGUAGUGCUAAUAAAUGGUUUAGCUGUAGCUGUGUGUGGAGAUACAUGCCUGCGUGCUUGGCUCAUAGAUGAAGGUGGAUCUCCUACUGCAGUUUCAGCUCCUUUAUCACAGACCCUAAUGAGACCUAAGCCUCCCCCUCAUGGACACAUGCUGCAAGAUACAACUGGGUCUGAUGGAAGCACUAUCCUAGUGGCUUAUUUAUCAUUCCCAAAUGAGUGUGAAUUUGUUGUGAUGAAAAUGCAUGAUGGAGGAGCUGGUGCUGUGAAAUUUUCACAGAUAUGUCAAAUUUUUGGACCCCAGUUAGAUCUUCUUGAUUACAAAAUUGGGUAUGGUGAAGGUAACCAUGUCAUUUGGGCUCUCUGGACUCAGCCCGAUGGAGACGCCGUUGUAACAAGCAGCGCGCUGGGCGCGGAGGUGAGCUGGCGCGCGGUGGCUGCGCGCGAGCCGCCGCCGGCGCUGCCGCAGCUGUCGUCGCACCUCCACUACCGCGACCGCCUUCUAGCGCCGGGCCUCUUUCCAACCGCCGUCGUCAUGAAGGCUCUCGUGAUCUAUCGCCGAACUUGGGGAGGCAGUGAGGCGGGUGCGGAGACCGACCUGAGCGAGUCGUGUAUGAGUGCGGUGCAGGCUCGCAUGCGCGGCCUCACUGCUCGCGCCGCGUCGCAGGACCACUCGCAUCUUAUGCAUAAAUGCUGGUCAGAUUUAUACAGUUGGUGUAUGCAAUAUAUGGAGGGCCUUCAAAAGCCGCUCGGUCUCAUGGUAUCGAAACAUAGCGGCGAGGCGGAGGGCGGCUGGUGCGGCUGGUGGUGCGCACUCGUGCGGCGCUGCGGCGUGUCGCUAGUGCGCCAGCUGGAGCCGCUCGAGCGCAUCAUGCUGUCGCCCGAGGACACGCUGCCCGACGUCGUCAUGGGCGGCGAGGCGGGCGAGCUGUCGGCGGACGCCGUGCGCGUCGUGGUGGCGGGCGCGCGCUGGGAGCGGGCGGCCAGCGCGGGCGGCGCCGCCGACCUGGAGCGCCGCCUGUUCGCCUGCGCCGCGCCGCAGCACCGCCUGCUGCCGCGACUGCUGCACCUGCUGCUGGCCGCCGCGCCGCAGGACCAUCCCGCCCCGGUUCUGACAUCAGAGCAGAUUGAUGAGAUAACAUCAAUUUUGGAGCCCAUCAAAGAUUUACAAAAUGCUGUACUCGAAUUGAAUGACGCAUUGAGAUUAGACGUACCGGAGAUUGAUACCUGUAAGAGUGAUGAUGAAGAAACGAGCGAGUACGAUAACUUAUUCGCUAGCGACUUAGGUGUCGCCGUCGUCACAGAAGCCAUCCGUCAAAUGGCCGAAAUGAGGGCGCGCGUGGUGCGCGGCGCGCUGGCGGCGCUGGGCGCGGCGCGCGGCGCGGGCGGCGUGCCGGGCGCGGGCCACUGCGCCGUGCACUGGCAGGCCUACCGCGCGCUGCUGUGGCUGCGCGCCGCCACGCCGCAGCGCCCGACGGCGGGGUCGUCGGAGGCGUUCCGGCUGAAGCUGACGGCGCUGGGCGGCGAGAGCGCGGAGGGCGCGGCGGGCGCGGCGGGCGGCGCGGCGGGCGCCUACGUGGCGGCGGCGGGCGGCGCGCGCGCGCGCGCUCACCUGGCCGCCGCGCGCGCGCCCACGCACUGGCACCAGGCGCUGCCGCUCAUGGCCUACCACCUCGCGCACCAGCUUUGGGCGGUGAGUGGUGGAUUUGAAUUCGGCUGGUGGCUGGCUUCGAUCAAUCAGCCGCGUCUGGUCCAGAAGUACGUCGCGCUCCUGGAGCCCUGGUGCGAGUGGAACGCUUGCUCGCGUCAGUUUAUCCUGGGCUUGGCACUGUUGGACCUGGAAGACGCAGAGGGCGCGUACACUGCGUUCUGCCGCGCCGCCAAGGGUGUCAGCACCGAGCCCUUCCUGCGCCACCUCGUGGCCGCGCCCGACGCGCGCCUCACCCAGCACCAGGCGCUCGUGCUGUAUUACAUGAAGGUUAUAAAGCUAUUCGAAAUACACGACGCGGGUGCAUGCGUGGUUCGACUAGCCGAAACUGCCAUAAGUAUUGCCGAUAAAGACGACCCCAAUCUCGCGAUGUUCCAGUGGGUGGUGUUCAAGUGGCACCUGUCGGGCGGGCGCGUGUCGCGCGCGCUGUCGGCCGCCGCCGCCAACCCCGCGCCGCACGCGCGCGCCGCCGCCGCCGCCGCGCUGCUCUCCGCCCUCGCGGAGCGCAAGCAGCUGGGUGCGCUGGUGUCGUGCGGCGCGCUGGCGGCGGAGGCGGAGCGUGCGGCGGCGGCGCGGGCCAAGCUGCACGACCCACACCCCCACAACCCUUACUACGACUUCCUCUACGCGCUGCACGUCUCUCGUCACCACUACAGGAAAGCGGCGGCAGUGAUGUACGAGCGUGCCGCACGCUGCCAAGCGGAGCGCGGUGGGGCGCGGCGGCGCUGGCUGGCGGCGGCGCUCACGUGCCUGCGCCUGGCGCGGCCCGAGCACGCCUUCCUCGCGCGCCCCGCGCCGCCCUCGCCCUCCGCCGCCGACGCGCUGCAGGUGAUCGGGCCCGAGGAUUUAGCAGCCGAGUUGCGUGAAGAAGUUCCGGAAUCUUUAGAUCCAGUCCAGCAGGCGUUACUCCGAAAUGAAAAUAUAGAUUUCGAGGUCUUGUAUCCAAAGUUAAAAAUGGCAAAUGCAGAGACUUUACUGGCCGUAACAAAGCGGGCUAUCAGUACCGGACAAUUCUUCCCUCGUUGGUUUCUACAAAGGUUCAUGGAAGUAGAGUGCGACACGUGCGUGCGCGCCCUGCUGCGCGGCGGGCGGGCGCUGGAGGCGGCGGAGUUGUGCUGCGAGGCGCUGCGGCGCGCGGCGUGCGCACUGCAGCCCGCCGCGCCCCAGCCGCGCGCCUCGCCGCUCGCCCUCGCUGACCUGCUGCUGCUGGAGCUGGCGCAGCAGCCGCGACACGCGCAAAACGCGCACGCCGCGCAGGUUUAUAACGAAUUAAAAUCGGUAAUAGAAGAAUAUACCAAAGUAAUAAUUCGUACGUCAGAUGACAUGAAACUCGCUCAAAUAAAAUAUCCAGUUAUGAAUCAAUCAAAUUAAAAAUCUUCUUUGUCAAUCAUUUAUUAAA